UAAUCCUCUCAGCGGCUUGUCCUUAGCAAGGUAGAGAAGGGUGUGUUUCAGAGCACGCUACAAGGACAUUUUUUAUGAACAUGAGCAUCGAUCUGUGGAUUUAUUUCGCCUAUCUAUGACAGGUGGGAGAGAUUUGUAAAAUGGAUGGAUCAUUGUUUUGUUUUGGUAGCAUCCUUGUGGAGAGGGACCUUAUCAGACUCGACAACCUCAGCUAUCUGAAAAUGACAGAUACAGCAGGUGGCUAAGGACCUUGGCUAUUCUUUGCAUCGUUCACUGCACUGUUGUGUUAGCAUCUCAAGGAGGACACAAAAAUCAGCUUGUAUUUGAAAGCAUCCGAAAUGGGCUGCUCACCAUCCAAGGGUAACCAGUUUGGGAUUCUGGGUCCCAAUAGGAAGGGGAGAAUGCUUCCCCCUGCACCUCCAGAAAGCCCCAGAGAUCCCCAUGAAGAUGGAGAGAAUCGUAAUUCAACUGGAUCAACAGAUGGGGAUACAAAGGAGAGGAAGGCCGCCACACAAACCCAGGUAUUACAGAAAGAGACUCAUAUGACACCACAAAAAAAGAGAUCUGUGACUGAGCUCGUCCCUGACGCAGUAAACGUGGAUAAACCGGGGAGUCAAGGAAUGGACAACAACACAGUUUCACAGAGAAAAGACAAAAAUGUUGACAAGCAGGAUGUGACAGAAAAAAAGCCUGGCAGAAAACAAAAGAAAAAUACCAGAGGUAUUAAGGGGCUAAAAAAGAAAGACAAGGACAAAGAAAAACCACCAGAACAGAAAGUGGACUUCCCUGAACCGUUGGUAAAAGCUCACCAAGCUGCCUAUGCCUUUCUGAAUCCCAGCAUAAACAAAUAUGAUGUUUUACUAGGACUUUUGGAACAAGCAACCCAAACACAGGUUUCUGUGCAGACUAUGGUGGCUUUUAUGGCUCUACGCUACGAGGAAAUCAUUCAGGGACUAGAGGAGAUGGCAGACGAGGGAGAGAAAGUUUUAAAAGAAAAUGGAGAACAUCUUGCAUGGCCAAGUCAAAUGAAAAACCUCUCAUCUUCUCCACCUUUGAAGUCUGGCUCUGCUAAUGUUGAGCCCCCACCGGAUUUGUUGCAGCAGCUGCUUCAGUACACCACACAGAGAAUGCGAAAUGUGAGCCAGACUGUUGCCGGAAUUGGGGAGGCUGCUUUGGAGGAGGCAGUGGAGUACUUUGCCUCUGUCUCAGAGCUUUUAGAGGAGAAACUGAAAGUCAAACGUGCAGCAGAGAGUAGGCUAAUGCAACUCCUGUCUCGCAUUGAAAUGGCCUCUCUGCGCAAGCCUGGACCAGAGGAUUCUGCUCUUUUCAGUGAGGACAGUGGUAUUGGGGCUGAGAAUGAAUCCCUUGCUGGAUCUGAAAGACGCCAUAGACGAGGGAGUGGUGCGUCCACUGGGACAAAUAGAACUACUCAGUCUGUCAGUCCUAUGGGACACACCUCCACGAACAUUAGGCAAGGAAUAUCAAGGCGAAAGCUUGCAAGUCAAAUAAGUCCAAGUGUUUCCCUCUCCUCACUCAACUCAUUAGGCUCUAUAUGUACCAUAAUGGCUAAUUACCACAGAGAUUCAUUGCUAGGAUCAGUCUCCUUAGAUUAUGGGGAGGAAGACGACAAUGAUGAUGAUAAGGAGAUGGAUAGAGGCAUGGGAGAUGUAGGGUUUAGAAAGCGAUCAAAUUCUUCACCUGUAGACCGAGAACACCCACGCCGCCUACCCCCAAAGCGCAUAGAGAAUCCUCAAAAUGUCGAAAUGACUCUCAAAAUGAAAAAUGCUAUAAGUGGUAGGAUACAGUUUGUCCCAUCACAGAGUGCUAGUGCCAAAACAAAGGCAGUUGGCAGCCCAAAAAGCAGUAGACGCCAGUGGACGGAGGAGGAGGAACAAUCUCCGAGGAGGCCUCAAACAACAGCACCUUUUCGGAAGGCAGUGGUAAAAAAGACACCAGGGGUGGCUAGAGAUCGACGUUCCCAGUCAGCAGAAUCCCUGCGGAGCAAAGGUGAAGAUCCUACGCUGCUUGAACUAGAAAGGACCCAGAAGGAUUUAAACCAGCGGUUGCAGAGGAUGAGUAAAAGCAAGGCAGGUGGAAGCAUGAAGACCGCUCCAUCAAAACAAAAUCAAGGAACGUCACCGGCACAAUCUCCAGCAAUAAAUCGCAAAAAUCCCCCAUUACAGAAGAACGGCAAUCCCCAACCACUUGAUGAUGAAGCAGGCCUUACAAGGCGCAACAGUAAAAAACAGGAGGUAGCCAGUGAUGUGGAAGAUGAUAAACUGAAGGACAAUAAAACAUCCAAGGGUCCUAUAAAAGCCACCCCACCCCCUAGCCCUCCUUCAUCACCACGACCAUCUUCAGGCCUUUACAGAGGUAGGAACUCAGUCAAAAGACUGAUUGAUACCUUCAGUCAAGGAAUAGAGGAUCUAGAAAGUCCUAAAGUUCUGGGGCCUCUCAAAGGAGUACGGAAGUGUGGCGUUCCUGUGUUACCUGGUUUAGGGAAUGUAGAAGCUGUGCUUAGUAUGGGGAUAACAAGCUGUAGACCUGACACCACUUCCUCUGAGAAAACCAAUGAUUUAGAUCUGGAUAGUCUUCCGCCACCUCCACUAGAGGUAUUAAUGGAUAAUUCCUUUGAAAGUGCCCAGAUUCUUUCAACUGGUGUAGCAGAUGAAGGGGCUACGAAAGUUGGAAAGUCGCCUGUAUUAAAAAGGGCUACAAUAUCGCAACGACUGAGAGCCUCAGUUCAGUCAGUGCUGCCAAGUAAAGGAGGCCCGCCACAAGCUUCCAAGGUUAUUUCCCUUGCUAGAGCGGAUCAACAAGACACAUCUGCUCUGUCAAAGGUCAGUCUACCAGAUCUCCAACGAGAGGCAGACCCAGGAAAGGAAAAGGACUCCUUGUACCAGCAAGGCAGAAAGACCAUACACCAACGACACUCUUCAGACUUGCAGACAUCGUCAACAAGUUAUGUAGCAGCAAAUUCAUCUGCCAGUCAAGAAGAAUUAGCUGACGGACAAAAUGGUGGCAAUCUUUCAGUGCCUAAAUCUAACACUACAAUGUCUACAGUGCCUCCUUCUUCAUCGGCCAGGAGCCAACCACCUGCCACGCCACCCAUGAAUAGGGGGCGAAUGUUACCCUCCACACCUUCUACACCAAGCAGUCAACAUCGAAGACUUCCUAGUCCCCAUAACUUCAAAAGGCAACCUACUCCACCCUCAACUAGCCCCCCUGUUAACAGGAAACUCCCCUCACCACCAGCAGUUCAGGGGAGGCUCCCCAGCCCACCUGUCAGCAAGCAGAACAUUUUGAACUCAAAUUCACCCUCCUCCUAUCCUUUCAAAGCACCAUCUCCACCAGCCUCGCCAAAAGUACAAAGAUGGUCAAGAGAGAACAGCAGUGAGGACUUAUCUAGCGCUCGGAUGAACAGUAAUGCACGUUCAGUGUUCUGCCGUGCGUCCCCAUCUCUGUUUGAGGCCCAGCCUUGUCAAGUUCCUCGACCCCCUCAAGCAUGGGCUGCUACCGGGGUCUCUUUUCUCUCACGUACUUGGGGGAGUCGUGGGAGGUUUCCUGUAUCCGUUCAAGGACCUCGGCCCUUCGUCCGACGUAGCCAAUCAGACCGAAGGCCAAGUCUAAGUCUGCCACCAAGAUCGCCAGGCAUCUCAGUGGCUGAGACUUGUGGGAGUGAGCCAGCAAUAUACCAACAGGGGCUGGACGAUGAACCAACCAGAGAUGAAGAAUUAUGGGAGAGCCAAUCAAACCUCAGGGCUACACUACGCUCUGCAUCACACCCGGACCUGUGUGUUGUUGGACAGUCCUUGCACAGAGACUAAAGGGACCAGUGGGAUUAUGGAUUAGCAGGCUUUACCAAGGAUUUCAGAAGACGAUGUUCAUGCCACUGCGAAGAGAGGAAGAGCUUAUUCUAUCCACACAAUGUUUGUGGUAAAAAGGUGUGCAUCUUGCAUGCAUACUGCAUGUCUGUGCAUAUGCUUUUGAAUUUGUUUGUGAGUAAUAUGUAUUUUUAAGAGAGAAAAAAACAAAUUAUACACAAUUUAAUGUUUACAAUAUAUGGUGCUCAUUUUACCUGGCUUCAUAACAAGAUUACAGAUGCAGGUGUUUAACAAGGUUGCAUACUGUACUUUCAGUUCAUUCAGUUCAGAGGUUACAUCUUCAAAAUUCAAAUACUAUGUAGUGUCUUGGUGGCUCAAUGGUCUCAAUGUGUGUUUCUCAAUUUUUUAUAGAUUUAAAAAAGAAAUAAAAAGUCCACAAAUAUUAAAACGUGUUAAUAGAUAAUGGAGUAAUAUAGCCCCAUUACUGACAAAUUAGCUGUACCAUUGAAUGAACUGAAAGUAACUUGAUCACAUCAGUGCCAUGAACCAUUCCAGGAUUUGAAUCUUAUAAGUAUUUCUUUGGUGUAUGGAAAUUAUUAAUCAAAUCAAUAAUGUCAUCAUUAAUAAUGUAAUAUCAUAUGAUUGUUAUUAACUAUGUUUUCAGUCUUUCAGUGAGACAUCAUUUCUCUCUGUUGGCAAAUGCGGCAAGCUAAAAAUAAGGCCAAUUUCUAAUCAAUUGUUAUUUUUCUGUUUCACGUUACAUUUUUACAGUUUGUUUAUUAAUAAAAAAAGAAAUCAUGCAAUCAUGCAUGCCGUUGCACAACCACCAAGAGUGUCCUUUAUUAAUAAAUUCACUAAUUAGUCA